UCGCGGACGGCCAAGGGGACAACCGGAGGAACAGAACCUUAUUCGUACCUUGACGGCGGCGGCUUGCCGAGGGGGCGGAAGAACUUGCUCUAGCAGCACCAGAAACGACGACGACGACGGCAGCAGCAGCCUUCCAGCCAGCAAUCCGAGAGCCGCCAGAUUCAGUUCGUUUCGAACGCGAGUCCGGUGUAGACGUGCAAAAUUCGUGUGCCGUGCGAUUUCAGUCCGGUUGUAUGGAGUCCAAAACCGCGCGGGGGGAGAAGGUUCACAAGGUGUGCACGAGUCAGAGUGUGGGUGGGAUGGUGCUGGUGCUGCAAGUAAAGUGAAACGUUACAGGCGUUACUGGUCGGUUUUCAGCUAUCUUCGUGGGGCCGAGCACCACGGGCACAGGUUGAUUUUUUAAAGUGAGCCAGAGCGGUGGACCCAAGAGGGUCCUCCUACGCGCCAUGUGAGAAGACGACGACGUGGUAACGACGGUGAUUGAAGUUGUGGUAGGCCACACUAGUGUUGUGCGGUUGUGAUGCGUAACCUGUUGUUGGGGAUGCUCAAGAUGUGAGCGGUGCGGAGCGGAGAAACGGGAUGUUUGGUGCAAAUUUAUGAUGAGAUGAUUUCAAAAGAAAUGGGAAUGUAAGUGAAACGGAUAUUCUGUAGGGAAGUGUGACAUUGGUCAAUUUAUUCAUUUGCUGGGAGUUCAGUGCUACGAACAAGGUCCAGCUGUGAUCCCGGGAACCAGACCGUGAAUUUUCAAUUUGAAAGUAACGAAGAAAAGGAUCGAUAAUUCUCAAGGGAACCCAACAUCCGACCUUUUUUCUGUUUGAAAGCCUUCGUCAUUCGACUACUGGUGUAUAAGAAAAAAGUGUGAAAAAAGUGACAUGUAAAAAUUGUAAAAUGUGAAAUCAUCAAAAAAUUAAAGUUUCAAUCGCAAAUAAAGUGAACAACUUCAGAAGUGAUUCUAUUUUGCAAAUAUUGUGGCACACGAGCAGAAAAUAAUACCAACUGCAAACAACACGGCGCGACGCGACGCCGAUGAGUAGGUGAACUUGUUUUACUUGCCGCCUCCGAAAUAAAACGCCGAUGAAUUAAAGAGCGAUUCCAGCGGUGGGCAACAUCUUUUAAGCGGUUUUUUUGUGCAGAUCUGCGUUGAGAAGAAGGUGUUCCUGGUCAGAUGGUCAACGAGAACCGGCAGAACCUGUAGUCCGGUGCGGUGAACUUUAUUGAAAAACAGUACUCCCAGAUGUGUACUGAGUGGGAAGUGUGUACACAGUAGUGGUCAGCACUCCAGCAUGGAUACCGAGAAUCCGAGCGCAACUCCAUAAAUUUCCAUCGGUUGGUUGCACAAAAAUCUAACGUUCAUCGUUCCCAAAGGGCGAGGCCGGCGUGGCGAGGCGAGACGAACGUAGGGCCAAAGAUUAAACUGAACUGCUUUGCUGGGCUUACGAGGCGGAGGAGAUUCGGUGUAUUUGACGAUGGUUGGAUGCAGAGAUAUGAAAUUUUAAUCCCCAAACGAGGCCCAGGCUCGGGAAGAAGCCAACGAUGACGAAUCCGGUCAAGGUGAUGGUACUUGACUGAAAUGGGAAAUCAUCAUUCCAGCAUCCCAGCUCGAAGGGAAACUCAUUAAUAGUCGGUGCCAAAAGUUGUCCUAGAGAGAAGAAGCAAUAAAAAAUAGGGACAUAUGUCCGAAGGUCCAUUUGGGAGUGAUGUGGCCAAAUCAGAUUCGCCGCCACCGUACGACCAGAGGGAAUUUCCCAAACCGAGAAGUGUGUUUGGUUAGUACUUGAAACAUCCCCAAUUCUGGGACAAAUUUGACUCAACUCGGCGGAAAAUCGCUCCACGAGGAUAAACUUUGCGAAAUUGAUUUUCCGAAGCGAAAAGUCGCGCCAAGCGCCGUCGUCGGUGGGAAAAUAAAUAAAAUUCAAAUUGAAUUUCGCGUCCCUUUCUCUUCAUUUGGGAUGAAAUAACGGCGCUAAACGGGGAUCGUUUUGAAUACAAGGAACAGAAUGACGAGAGAACAACAAAGUGAAUGAUUAUAAAUUGAAAAAAAAAGUGCUUCAACUCAACUCAAGUAGAGGGGGUAUAAACGAAAAUUGUUGCAAACCAAGUUAAAAAAAGAAGUCUGAAAAUACGAAAAGGGAAAGUGAAUUUGGGAUAAAGUUAAUUAUUAAAACGUAAAAUGAGUUUUGAAGUCAACCGUGAAAAAAAGAAGUGAAAACAUCGCGGAAAAGUUCCACAACCUCUUAUACCACGCAUAUUGAAAAUAAUUAGUCCAGCUGUGUAGUGAAGUGUAAAGUGUGUUUCCCAUCCCUAUAGAAAGCUCAACCCACUAGUAGUAUAAUCAAGAGGUCUAAUUAUUGGGCACGUAAUCAACGCCAACAAUCGGAAGAAGUGGGCUGAAAGUGCGCUGGUGUAGAAUUCAAUAGCGCGAGUCAAAUAUCCCGGAAUUCCCUGUCCUGCAAAAUGACGAACAAAAUGGCCAUGGAGUGGAUUACGGCCAUCGAUAAGAGACCCUGCGAGCGAAAUAUGCGGGACUGCGAGUUGAUAUCCUGUCGGUUGCGGCGGGUGGAGCCACUCUGCCGCUUGCCCGGUUCGGCCCUGCAGCAGCUGGCCAUGUGUGGCUUCUACGAGGAUCUGGAAAAGGGAGUCACACUGUUUCGGGCCGGCGAGCAGGGUCGCUACUGGUACGCGGUUCUCGGAGGUCAGCUGGAAGUCCGUUACCAUGGGGCGGAAACCAAGGAUAGCAAGCUUUCAGUGACGCUAUGUAAUUUGGGCGUCGGGGCCACCUUCGGCGAGAGCAUCCUGCACGAUCUGCCCCGGGACAGUACGGUGGUGACGAAGACGACGUGCGAACUGCUUCGCGUGGAGCAGGAAGACUUCCGACUGAUAUUUGAGAAAAAUAAGGAAUUAAUGAACGACAUAAUCUCCAACUGUAAAUUAAAAAAUGGUUUCGGACAGAGCAUGCAGACCACCAGCACGGUCCAGUCCGGGAUCAGUCAACAACAGCAGCAACAUCAGCAACCUUCGCCGACCAAAAAACAGCUGAGCCCGGAUCAUCCGAACCCGGCGCUGCCAAUCACCGAGGCUCCAAGUCCUGCCAUGUCUCGGAUGGGCUGGGCCCUGCGGACACUGCUCGUAUCGGACAACACCAGCUGCCUCAAGGAUCGGAAGGUGGGCGGCAAGUUCAUUCGCAAGUGUGCUCCCGGUACGGAGCUGGUCGACUGGCUGCUGAACCUGUCCCCCAUUGUGCACACCCGAACGCAGGCGGCCGGCAUGUGGCAAGCCCUGGUGGAGGAAGGCGUCCUAAGUCAUGUGGCAAAAGAGCAACCCUUCAAGGACAAGUGCUUUCUGUAUCGGUUCAAGGUAGACGAAGACGGAACGGCAGGUGGGGCGCCGUCGUCCGACGACGUUAGCCAGGCGAACGACCACAUACGGGAGGCCCUGCCCGGUCUGCUGCAUCGAGGUCCGGACGCCACGCUGAGGAUGAUUCUUCGGAAACCAUCACACGAGCGAACGCACGAAGAGCUAGAACUGGUGUACGAGGAGCUGUUGCACAUUGCCGCCCUGUCGCACCUGUCGACGUCCAUCAAGCGGGAACUGGCGUCGAUCAUCGUGUUCGAGGCGCACGCACAUGCCGGCACCGUGUUGUUCAACCAAGGUGACGAGGGUCGCUCGUGGUAUAUCCUGCUCAAGGGUUCGGUCGAUGUGGUCAUCCACGGUAAGGGUACCGUCGCGACGCUCAAAGAAGGAGACGAUUUCGGCAAGCUGGCCCUGAUCAACGACGCUCCCAGAGCGGCAACCAUCGUGCUCAAAGAGAACAACUGUCACCUGCUGCGCGUCGACAAGGAACACUUCAACCGGAUUCUGCGGGAUGUCGAGGCGAACACGCUGCGGUUACAGGAGCACGGCAAGGACGUACUAAUCCUGGAGCGGGUCGCAAAACAGCGAGGACACUCGGCUUUCAAAUACACUGUGAUGUCCGGCACGCCACAGAAGAUGCUGGAGCACCUGCUGGAGACAAGACUGGGCGGUCAGGCGGGACCAAACGAUCCGUUUUUGGACGACUUUCUACUGACCCACAUCGUGUUCAUGCCGACGCCGAUUCUGAUCGACGAGCUGGCGAGCACCUACCACGCGGACACCGAGGUGGACAUGCGGACGGCCAGCGAGGAGGACCAGGAGUUCUUUAUGACCUGCAAGCGGCGGGUGGUGCAAUUCAUUCAGCGGUGGGUGCUGGCGGUGCGGCACGCAGUCUUCGACGACCCGCUGGCGGUGGAGUUCAUCGAGGAAAUUGCAACCGAUGUCGAGUCGGAAGGUGUCCUCCAGGAGGAGAUCAGCAUCAUACAUCACGUGCUAACGCAAUUAUCCCGGUAUCAGGAGGAUCGACAGAUGAAUGCGAGCCAGAAGUGGAAAUUGCCACCCAACGGACAACCCAUUUGCCUAUUCAGUGGAAACACACACUCAAAGACUGUUAUACGACCGGAUGAUGACAUCAUCUUCCGCGUGUACUGUGCGGACCACACGUACUGCACUCUGCGCUUUCCGAUGGCGGCGACGGCAGAGGUGAUCAAGGCUUGCGCUGCCGACAAGCUGCAGUUGGGCCGGAUGCCCGAGGACUUGCUGCUGGUGGAGGUCAAAUCCAACGGCGAGCGGGCCGUGUACAAGGACAACGACGUCAGCAUACCGACGGCCCUGAGUCUGAACGGGCGAAUAUUCGUUUCGCCCAAGGACCACCUGGAUGCGUUGACACCACUACCGGAGCAGGAACUACCGACAGAGGCGCUCGAUAUGGACUUCGAGGCGCUACCGACCAAGGACGUUGCUUAUCACAUGACGCUGUUCGACUGGGACCUAUUUUGGGCUGUGCAUGAAUACGAACUGCUGUAUCACACCUUCGGAAGGCAUCACUUCAAUAAGAUAACUUCGAAUUUGGACGUUUUCAUACGGCGCUUCAACGAAAUCCAAUACUGGGUCGUGACGGAGAUCGUGUCGACGUCCAACCUGACCAAGCGAAUGUCCCUGGUGAAGAAGUUCAUCAAACUGGCCGCAUUCUGUAAGGAGUACCAGAAUCUGAAUGCAUUCUUCGCCAUCGUUAUGGGCCUAUCGAACAUGGCUGUGUCGCGGCUGUCGCAAACCUGGGACAAACUGCCGUCCAAGUUCCGAAAGCUGUUUACCGAGUACGAGGCGCUGAUCGAUCCCAGCCGGAACCAUCGAGCGUAUCGAAUGUCCGUCGGCAAGCUCCAGCCUCCGGUGAUCCCCUUCAUGCCCCUGCUGCUCAAGGACAUGACUUUUGCGCACGAGGGCAACAAAACCAGCCUCGAUGGCCUGGUGAAUUUCGAGAAGAUGCACAUGAUGGCACAAACGAUGCGAACCGUUCGGUACUGUCGAUCCAGGCACCUAGUAUUGGAUCCUCCCUCGCCAAAGAACGAAAACGAAAUUCGCCAGUACAUCAGCUGCUUCCGGACCAUCGACAACCAAAGAGUGCUGACGGCGAUGUCCCAGAAGGUGGAACCCCGGCGGUCGUAAAGCGGGUGGAUUGUAACCCCAAACGAAGACGGGCUAAAACCCCAACCCAAAGGAACGAACACGUUUCCAGUGCAAAACAUUCAUACAAUAAUUUGGUAGAAUUUAUGUAUACUGCUGGCUGGUACGGGACGUACAGACACGUGUGUUUGCGUGUAAGCAAGCAUAUCGAGUAUUGUUUUUUGUCGAAGGAUUCCUCCGGAUUUUGGAGGAGUUCGCGCGAUUACUAUUUUCUCCAUUCGAGGAUUAGUUAGGAAGAGUGUGUGAGUAAGCUGUAAUGUGGGUGUACUUUGUCGGUGAUCCUUGUAUGUGUGUGUACGUGUGAGCAUGUUUAGUAUUACUGUAUUCGACGAAAUGACUAGGAAGAGAACUAGUAUUUUACCUACGUACAAAACACGUUGGCUUUGAAGAAUAAGUUUGUCUCAGUCAGUAUCUCACAGCUAAUGAUUACGUACUUAUAACAAUGUAACUUUAUUACUUUCCAAGAAAAAAAAAACUUUCCUCGAAGUUAUUAAACAUUAUGCUAUGUUUUGGUACAUAUUAUAUUUUGUGUAAUAUUAUUGUUUAUUUGUCUCAGUUAAUAUUUAUUUCUGUUGAUAAUCCUUUCAAUAAACUUUUUGUUUUGUAUCUACUA